GUGAGAAAAUCUGGAUAUUAAUCAUGGCCGUGACUGUAUUAAAGUGGAAGUUUGUCUUCUUAAUUAUUACAUCUCACAUUGCAAUGACUGGUACGAGUGUAAGAGCAGAUGAGAAUUUGUUCACAGUGGGCACCCCUUCUCUGAUAGAAGUGAAUGAGAAAUUCAACAUCACUUUUUGGACAAACUUCACAUUAUACGAAAGCUUGGAAUGCUCCUGGGACUUCAAUGACAGCACCAUCUACCUCACAUAUGCCAAUGAUCUUCAGGAAGAUCUAACCCACACCUAUACCGAACCCGCUGCUUACAACAUCAUAACAAUAUGCUGUAUGGACGGCCAACUGGAAGGCUACUUCUCAGAAGUUUUGGUCUAUAAUCAGAUCCACUAUGAAUUAUGUACCUACAGAAGUGUGAAUCUCACCUACGACUAUGACAUUUACAUUCUCGGAGAGUCAGACCUGUUGGUCUUCUAUUACCAUGACUUUCCAGAUCCAUUGUACUAUUACAUGGAGCUUGAUGGAUACCCAGUCUUUGAUCAGGGAUUCUCCCAUGGAAUAUUGGAAAACAAUGACCUUUAUGCAGUCCCCAUGGACACCCUGCCAUUUCCCAUGGAGCUUCAAAACAUUAUCGGCUUGGGAGAACACAAUGUUUCUGUUACUGUUUACAGUGAGUUUAACAGUACAGCAGUGUAUUGUGAGUCUCAAAUCAAGUUUGUGGAACUCGUGACCGGGUUGGUGUUUUAUGUUAGCGAGACUAUUGUAGAGACUGGUCAGCCUUUCAUCGGGUCUGUUGCUGCUGAGUCUGGUUGGCCGGCUCUCAUCGAGUGGAGUGCCUAUAAUGUAGAUACAUAUCAACUAGAAUUCUAUUUUGAUUCCUACCGACAAGCUAGAACGCCAUAUGAAGUUGAUGAAGUAUGGUUGUAUAUUUUUAGACCAGGAAAUUACACUCUGAGAGCAACCAUUUACCACGAGAUCAAUGAGGCUACCGAGACUACGACGGUCAUUGUCGAAAAUCCUGUCACUACAAUGGACAUAUUCAUGAAUACACCGCUUCACUAUCCUUUUGAAGACACUCUUGAGAUGUUUGUGAACUAUACAAGUGAUGGAAUACCUACAGAUAUUUAUGGUCACAUAGACUAUGGAGAUGGAAGUUCAGAAUCCUGGCAACCGGGUCCCUAUGAGCCAGACUACAGAAAUUUGACUUUCAACCACAUGUAUGCUGUCCCAGGUCUUUACACAGUCCAGCUUUUUCUCUACAACUAUGUCAGCAGCGUUGAUCGAAAAUUUUAUGUUGCUGUAUUGGAAGACAUUGAAGAGGUCACAAUUGAAAGUUUGUCAGGCGAAGAUGGGACCUUGGCUACCAUUCUACCUAUUGAAUUUCCUGUGACAUUGAAUGCCCAGCCGGUGAAGGGGACCAUAGAGUUAUGUGAAUGGAACAUAGGAGGACACCUCUUCAACUCUACACAACCAAUGAUAGAAUACACAUUUGUUGCAGAAGGGAUAUACAACAUUGAGGUCUUUACCACAAAUGCCUUUUCCAGUGACAGAGCAAACACAAGUAUCAUUAUCCUUGAGAGUAUUACUGCAGUAUAUCUCAUCAACAAUGGACCAGUCAUGGAGUCAAAUCCAAUAACAUUUGUUGUAUUUGCUAACAAGCUUGGUUGGAACUCGGUGUUUGCCAUUGAUUAUGGAGACGGCACUUCCGAAACUCUUCCUGAACCACGGAUCCAAGAGAACGUCACCAUGCACAUUCCUCCAGACCUUGACUUGCCAUUCAAUCCCAAGGAAUACUUUUCAGUCAUAGUCGAGCACAGUUACAUUGCAGCUGGAUCAUACACAGCCACUGGUUCUGCUUCAGAUGCGGUGUCUUCAAGGCAUGCAACUUCUGAUGCGUUUGUCCAAGAGUCCCUCUGCUUGCUGCCCAACAUGCAUAUCUUGGACGGUGACAGCAGCUACAGUUCGGCAAAACAGUAUCAUCGUCAUAAACGUCUUCAGUUUGCCGCAGAGGUUAAUGUGGACUGCGCACUGGCCGCUAGUACCAGUUACCAGUGGCUGGUAUUCAAGCUAACUGAAAUAUUCACCGUGCCAGUGGAUGAGAAUGCUUAUCAGCUACCAGGUGCUAUCAGCACAAAUCUCACCACACUCUAUGUGCCUGCAUUCACUUUGGAAUAUGGAACUUAUGUGUUCAGACUCCAUGUCACAGUUUUAUUGAGAGAUGGAUCUAUUGGUGUUAACAAGGAUGAUCAGACAUACAUCAGAGUGGUAGAGUCUCCUCUAUUUGCUUUCAUCGAUGGAGGUAGCACAAGAGCUGUUGGCUGGAGUCAUAACAUUGUUUUGGAUGGUUCACUGUCCAAUGACCCCGACUACGAUGGAAGUCAAAGUGAUCUUUUAUUCAGCUGGUUCUGCCGAAGGUCUAAUGAGACAUACCCAUCAAAUGAUGACCUGCUUCUACUUGUAAAUGAACCAUCAGGUAAUGGUGGGUGUCUCCAUGAUGGUUUCCUCAUGCAAUCAAGCAGCGAGCCAAUAUUGACCAUUCCUGGAGAGACCCUCGAGGGGAACCAGACCCAUGUCUUUAGGUUGGUGGUGUCCAAGCAUGGUAGAGGAACUGCACAGGCAGAGCAAACCAUUCCAGUCCUUCCAGGGGAUCCCCCUACCAUACUUAUAAAGUGCAUAACAAACUGUCGCUUCAGUCUCAAUCCUUCCGAGCGGCUUGUCCUCACCGCCAAGUGCGAAGACUGUACGCUGCAGACUAGACCCCGCUAUUCCUGGUCUCUAAUCCCGGCCUCUUCCAACAACAGCAAGCAGUCUCUUUCAUGGUAUGAAGACACCACUACGAGAAGGACCAAUGCCUACCUUGCUAUCCGGGCUCAUACAUUUGGAGGAUCCGAGGAGUACACCCUGAAAGUGCUUGUAUACAGUUGGAGCGGUACCCAGACUUUUGCAGAGUAUGCCUUCAAAUCCAACUCGCCUCCUGAGCUUGGAACCUGCAGUGCGUCACCCACCGAGGGUGUGGUUCUGCAGACUCAUUUUACAAUACUCUGUCAGGGAUUUGUGGAUGAUGAUGAACCGUUGAGCUAUGAGGUCAGAGCGUUGAUGGGUUCCGAGACUAAAACGGGGGUUAGCUCCUUCCAUGAUUCUUCAACAACAGGUACCUUGAUAUAUUUUGGUGUGGAUCCGCAUAUUCCUCCGACUUUCCUACCUGUUGGUACAGCAAGCCGGGAUUUUCAAGUUGACAUUUCCAUCAAGGUAUCUGAUACCUAUGGGGCUAGCAUCAGCACUUCAGUUGCUGUAAAGGUAAGAGAACCAGAAGUAGACACAAGCCAACCUGACAAAACUGUGACAGACACCAUCCUGGCGAUGGCGUCUGGUGAAGAGAGCGCCCUCUCAAGUCUACUAGAAACCGGGGACACUCAGAGUGCAACACAGUUGGUGUAUACGCUCACGUCUUUACUCAACGCGGAGGCCGAGCAUGACGCUGACGAAGCUGCAAGUGCCACGGAGGAAGAGCAGGAGGAGGAAAGUGGCUUCUUGGAAGAGAAGAAGACAAAGAGAGCAGAAGCAAGAGAAUCAAUUAUUGCCAACAUCCGUCAGAUAGAACUUAGAGACAUGGAAACGCUACAACAAACCUCAGCUGCCAUUGCCCAAGUUACUCAAGAGAAGGAAGAAAUUUCUGCUGCAGCUCAAUUAUCAGCUGCACAGAGUUAUCAAGAAAUGAGCCAUUUCCUGAGAGAAGAAAGUGGCAGUGGUCACUCCGGAGGUGACACAGUGGAAGAAACAGCAAGUUUCAUUGUUGUUGGACUAUCAAACAUCAUGGAAGCCGCCUUCAGCACGCUAUCUUCAGCUGUAAAUGAAAGUACUCCUGUGGCAGCUCAGGAUGACAAAGCUGGGAAGGCUAUCGAAAAUACAAGGAACGUCACCUUGGCUACCCUGCAAGCCCUGGAAGAGUUGGAGACGGCCGUCCUGCAGAACAAGGUCCCAGGUGAAGAGAGCAUGGUGAUUAGAACAGAAGCGGUGUCCUUGAUCCUCCAGAGGCAAGAGAGAUGGGAGGUGGCAUCCAAGGUCAAGGAGAGCGAGGCAAGGACGUCCCACUUCCAGCUUCCAAGCGAUGCACUGGAUGAUGAAGAGGAAUCAAGCUUUGAUGACAUUGUGGACAGCCAUAUUCACAAUUACAAUCAUAACCCGUUUGCCUGGGCUUCAAUGGAUGGUAACUAUGACAUCACAAGUCAGGUGAGCAGUCUUGAACUGGAGCUCAGCGAUGGGACUAAUCAGACCAAGCUCACUUUUGAAAACCUUACGCAAGACAUUGACAUCUUUAUACAGAACAAGGACCCUAAGCUCGACCAACUAGUACCUGCCAAUGUUUCAGCUGGUGGAGGGAUAGAAUACCAUUUCAAUGUGUUAUCAGAAAUGGCUUAUGUAAUAGUCGAGGUUCUUGUGAACAACAGUUCACUUUAUGAGCCAUUCCCAGAACUUUACCUGAAUCUCACCCGUGAAGUAACUGGUUUGAACAGUUCUGAAGAAGUCUACAUCCCCAUCUUGAACACCUCAUUUCCUGCUGGUGCUGAUCCCCCUGUUUCAGCAUGGAAUGACACAUAUAACAUAACAGGCAACCCUUACUUGUGGAUUAUUCCAUUUAGUGAUAUAGGGGAAGCUAGUCACCACCAUUUGGUUUUGAGUGGAUGGGAACUGGUCAAUGAGACAGAUAUUGCAGUGUUUGCCUUUGGAGCUCAAUGUGUUUAUUGGAAUACAGACCAAGAGAAAUGGGAUACCUCUGGCUGCAAAGUCGGACCUCUUACAUCGCAAUCCCAUACACACUGCCAGUGUAACCAUCUCUCUCAUUUUGCUGCUGGCUUUGUGGUUCUUCCCAACACUGUGCACUUCAUCAAAGAUGCAUCUCUCUUUGCCAAGAUAUUGGAGAAUCCCAUCACUGCUAUAGUAGUAGGAUCAGUCUUUGCUCUAUAUGUCCUGGUUGCAGUCUGGGCUAACAGAAAGGAUAGGAGAGCUGAAGAGCAGGCUUGUGUGAUCUUUCUGGGUGAUAACAACCCUGAUGCCAAGUACAAGUACCAUGUUACCGUCUUCACUGGCAUGCGCCGCGGGGCAGGUACCUCAGCUGUUGCCACCAUCACCCUCUAUGGCAGUGCCGGAUCCAGUGAACCCCACGUCCUGGCUGUUGAUGGGAAGCGCAAGAUCCUGCAGAGGGGAGGGGUUGAUUCCUUUGUGCUGGCUACUCAUGGUUCCUUGGAGGACCUGACUGCCGUGAGAGUGUGGCAUGAUAACACAGGAAAGAAACCUGAAUGGUACCUGAACCGUAUCUUGGUACAUGAUCUUCAGACCCAUCAGCUGUGGUAUUUCCUCAGUCAUACCUGGCUUGCAGUAGAUCUAGGAGAAUGUACUGUAGACAAGACAAUCCCUGUGGCCACCACAGAAGAUCUGCGUCAGUUCCAUCACCUAUUUAUCACUAGACUUCUCCGUGACAUGAAAGACCACCAUCUGUGGGUAUCCAUCUUCACUAGGCCACCCAACAGCAAUUUCACCCGCCUGCAACGCGUUUCCUGUUGCUUCACUCUCCUCAUGAUGUCAAUGCUGGCUAGCAUCAUGUUCUUUGGAAUCAACCCCGAAGAUGUGGACGUGGGAGACUCCAUGGCUCCAGGUAUGUCACAGGAGAUCGGAAUGGGAACUAUCCGUGUGACAUGGUUUGACAUCCUUGUUGGCAUUGAGAGUGGACUUAUUGUGCUACCAGGGAAUCUGCUUAUAUUGGAGAUCUUCCGGAAUGCUCGAAGCAGGCAUCAUCCAAACAAGUCUGUUGAGAUUGUCGAAGAGAAUGAAGAUGAAAAAUUGGGAGCAUCUAAGUCUGGAAAUGACGUUCUCGCAGAUUCGAAUGCUACGGCCUCCUCACAAGCUUCAGAAAGGGGAGAUGUGCCUCAACUUGCCGGAGAUGGAGACCUAAACCAUCAGAAACCAUCACAGACACAAUAUCCAGAUACAAUAUCCAAGGAGAAAAUCAUGAAUGACAAUGACUCUGAGAGACAAAUACAAUCUUGCUCUCAAUCCUCGGGCAUUCAUAAAGGAUCUCCAAUAAGUGAGUGCUCCAGGUCAGCAGAUGUAUCUCUAAGCAGCAUCCAUGUCAGUACUGCCAAGAAAGACCCUCCAUGUUGCUGUCUAAGACCAUGCUUCAAAGGUGAAGACCAUGAUGACAUGGUGUCAUCAGGAGAAGAUCUUUCAUGCAGGAUAUCAUCCUCGAGAAUCGGUUCUUUCUCUGAUUCCAGACCUGAAUCUUCGAGUUCAGCAGCAACAGAGCAGCUCAAUGGGCCUCCUUUCUUCAUGCGACAUGAAGACUACCUCCAUCACCAUAUCAACAAAAUGUACGAAGAAAUAUAUCAUGCGCCUGAAGGAUACUUUAAAACUGAGGAAGAUCGUAAGAUGGCAUUGCGUAAACUGGAAGAAACUCUCAAAGUACAUGGCUGGUAUCAGUAUCUACCAGAAGACGAGGAAGGUCAUGCCACUGCUGGAGAUGAGAAGAACAGUUGCUGCCACGGUCAAGGAUGCCUGCCCUGGUGGUUUGUCUACAUCGGUUGGUUCUUUGUUGUAGCGACUAACUUGAUUUGUGGCUACCUGGUCAUCCUGUACGGCCUUAGCUAUGGCCUCCAGACCUCUGUGGACUGGCUGGUCAGCAUGGUGGUGAUAUUGCUCCAGGAAGUCUUUGUCCUACAGCCUAGUAAGGUCAUCCUGGUGGCAGCAUUCUUUGCCAUUAUCUGGAAGAAACACGAGGAUGACGAUGUAGGUGUGGACAACUUUACAGAUGCAGCCACAGGCAUUUUCAUGACCCCACCAAAUGCAGAAGGGAAAGGACAAAGGCGUACAGUUGCCCGCUACUACCAGCCACCCCCUAUAGAGACUGUCAAUCAGGCCAGAGAACGAAGGGAAGCUGAAGCCAAGAUGUGCAAGAUGCUGAAAGAACUUUUUGGACAGAUUCUUCUGGUGAUCCUAGCCUUGGAAGUUGCACACUUCCAGAGAGACCCUAACACCUACAUGUUUCACCAAGCCAUGGCGGACUCCUUCACUGGAGGAUUUGAAGAUGUUUCCUCCAUCAAUGACGUGUACGUGUACUUGGAAGAAUCGUUUGUACCAGAGCUUUUUGGGGAAAACAGGGGAUACCUCGGAGAUGAAAGCACCUACAGAGUAGGACGAGCUAGAAUGAGGCAAGUCAGGAUCUCACCAAAUGCAUGUACUCCAGCUGAGCGCAUGAAACAUCUUGUGAACUGUACUGGAUUGUUAGGAUCUCAAAAACAUACCGACCGACAGACUUACAACAAAUCCUGGUCAGAACCCGUGCAAGACCUUACAGAAUUUGAGGUGGGCAUCGACUCCUAUGGCCCUUGGAAGUUCACAUCAUCAAGAGAAUCCUGUGGUAGCUAUCACAUGGGUACAGUUGGUUUGUAUACCAGGGGUGGCUACAUCCAGGUCCUGGGUUCGACUGCCCGCAGCACUCUUCGCAUACUCCAGGAGCUUGAGGAUCGGAAGUGGUUGGAUCAGCUCACUAGGGCUCUCUACAUAGAGUGGACAGUCUUCAGUGCAGAUGCUGAAUUGAUGUGCGUAUGCACAGUCUUGUUUGAAGCAACCACUAUGGGAAAUGUGGUCUCAACAGGGGAGUUCCAUGCUUUCAGGCUCUUCACAACGGAUACCUUUGUGGAUAAAGUCAACUUGGCCCUCCAGAGUAUCUAUCUAUUGGUGAUCCUUGCCCUGAUCCGCUUGGAGGUCAGAAAACUGAGACGCAAGAAGAAGGAGUAUUUCCACUUCUGGAACAUUCUAAACAUUCUGACCAUAAUUCUCUCAAUAUUAUCUGCUGUAUUCUACUGCCUGUGGGCAACAGCUUUGCACAAGACCAUGCUGGAGUAUACCCAGGAUCCGUCCAAAUUCACCUCUUUCUUUUAUGUUAUGCUCAUGGACCAAAACUUCAUGGCCUCUACAGGUUUUCUGGUGUUCAUCAACACAAUCCGUUGUGCCAAGAUCCUGCGGUUCAACAGCAGUAUCCAAACAGUAAAUCACACAUUCAGCAACAUAUCUCACGAGUUCUUUGCAUUUACUCUGACAGUGUCCAUCUUCCUGUUUGCCUUUGCACUUCUCUUUUGUCUGACCUUUGGUUCAGAUGUGAUGGAUUUCAAGGAUGUGGCCUUCUCCUUUCAGACCAUCUUCCUCUUCCUGGAGGGAGGCUACGAGGAAUUCAUGGACGUCAGUGAAGCCCAUGCCACACUUGGUCCACUUUACUUCAUCUUUAUGACAUUUUCCCUGUUCUUCCUCUUAUUCAAUUUUUACAUUCUCCUCAUUCUUUAUUCAUUCCGGGAUGCAAGGCGAGUGCUUCCCAAUGUGGAUCACAAAGAUGUUCUGGGAGCAAUUGUAGACUGGAUAUUUUCAGCUUGUUCCAUCAAAAGAUCACCCAGGAAAGACAAUACUCAAAAGUCUGUUUCAUUAUUCAACAUCAAGAGGUGAAUUUUGAUACAGAGCCACUCCAUGUAGCAGUUUGUAAAGUGCAUUGAAUGACUCAACGAAUGGGUGGAGUAUGGAGUCCCAUAUGAAAUGCUGGAAAUAUAUGUUGACAGGGUAGGGUAAAAAUAUCCAAUUGCAUUCAAAAUGUUUGUUGCAAACACCAAUCUAGUGUAGUAGGCUUCACGGU